AUGACAAGGCCUCGAAAUCUAGCUCGGGCAAUCCCCCAAUCGUUCCAGGCGUUGUGCGAGCGUCGCUGUCGCACCAAAACGUCUUUGCUGAUCCGCCGCGAAACAAAUGUCCGGCCGAGACAGGCUACUACCAUACCUCACACGAAACACGCACUCGUUACGGGGUUCCGGUCACUGUCCUCAGACUCUCGUCCGCCAGCUGGUCCGGCUGAGCAGCCCAAACAAAAUACACAACACGACUUAAUCUAUGCCGCCAACCAACCCGCUGACCUGCCUGACCGAGUACAGAAGCUCUCUUCUAGAUGGAAAAUCAUCGAUAAAAGGCGGAGUAUUGAGCGCAAAUUCCAAUUUGCUGGGUUUGCAAAAGCUUGGCAAUUUAUGUCGCUGGUUGCGGACGAGUGCAAAGUCAAGAAGCAUCACCCGCGUUGGACCAACGUGUAUAACAGGGUCUCAAUCGAAUGGACUACUCACGAUCCUAAAGGACUAAGUAUCAAGGAUGUUGAGAUGGCUGAAUUUUGCGAUCGAAAAGCAGCCGAGGUUGAGUUAAAAGUGUCACCAUUUUGA